CGAGAAAGCUACAAAAACGAACAACAGAAAAACAAACAGCAAAGCACAGAGAGUCAGAGAUAGGAGAGAUAGAGAGAGAGUCACAACAAUGGUGGCUAUAUCACUGUACAGAGGAAAUCUUCACAGAGUAUCACCCGACGUAGCAAGACGAUGGCUAAUGCCGACGCCUGGUAUCUCUAUCAAGGAUUUCCGCUCUCUCCUCUUCCGCCGUUCAAAAGCUAUCUCUCACCUCCCUUCCACCUCCUCUUCCGUCUUCCCUGCCCUUCCAACCACCUUCACCGCCUCCUCCGUCACAAUCCCUAACCCUAAUUUAAACCUUGUCAAUUCUCCACCACCGCCUAAUCAAUCGGACUUCAAUGGACCUGAAAACCCUAAUUCUUGUCCCGAACCUUCUAAUAAUGUUGAAAUUACAGUGGAGGAUGCUGGAGAUUAUUUACUGUUGGAUCGUCCGCCAUUGUUGACUGAUGCCGAUGUUAAUAAGCUGGUGGAGGAGAAGGAGAUUGCUCCGGUUGUAGAUAAUCCAAUUCCUUCUGCUUUAGAGGGCAGUGACAAAGUUGAUACAGUUGAUGAAAAUGAAAGGCGGAAAAGAGAGGUUGAGGAAAAGCUGCAUAUUUUAAAUGAAAAGAAACAUAAUUUAGUACAAGCACUUAAGCAGAUUUUGAAUGCAGAAGAGGAACUUAAGAGACGAAGUAGUAUGCAAGGAAGUCGACCUCCUCUUCCCCUUCAAGUGGAUGCUUCAAAUGACUCUGGGUCUAUGACGCACCAUGCUACACCUAGAACAGGGUCAGAGGCAAAUCUUACUGUUGAUGUUGAAGGAGGAGAAGGUGACGACGCUGUUAAUAAUAACCAACAAUCUAAACAAUUGCUCCGCAUGAGCAGUACUUCACCCUCUGCGGAGUCUGCUCUCAGAAGGGCACCAUAUUUCCAGCAUAAUACGGCUUCUCAUCCUUCUCGAGCCGCAUUGGUGGCUGCCGGCAGUCCGUCACGUUUUGCCCCAUCAGGGAAUCAAGGUCACCCUUCAAACUUGCCAAGCGUGUCUGUUUCUGGAACAAACUAUUUUGCAUCUUCACCUUCCCCAGCUGCUUCGGGGGGCACUUCAGGUUUCAGAGAAGCUCGACACCCAAGCCCAUGGAAUUAAACCUCAAAUUCUCCGUCUUCUUCUCUUCAGACGUACUAGGCAUAUUAUUAAUUCGACCAAGGCUUGAUGCUCCAUUUGUAAUCGGACAAGGCUCGUUCUUAUCGAUUGCUUGUAAUAAAGUGUGGUAUAUCCUGGGUCGUAUAAUCUAAAGUUGCGAAUAGGCAGACAUAGAUACGGAGUAGUACUUAUGUAAUGUAGUUUCUCUCCUGUAUGGGAAUACAUUUUUGGUAGCGCAGUUGUUGGUUUUCAUUUUGGGGUUGUAUAUGGAGGUGCUUUUUAUUAGUGAAUGUAAAUGUAUUAAAUAGAAAAUUAGAAUGUUAAGCGGUGUGGAUGGUUGUGUAAAUUCCAUUUUGAUUUAGCACCA